AUGCUACCCCUUCCCUCCUGCUACGGCUACCUUUGCCUCCACAAGAAGCAGUCCCAUGCUGUUCGUCUCAUAGGGUUGUCAACUUGUUCUAUGGACCCUCAACGCCCACUUUCCCCCUCUCAUACUCUCAUCCAAUCUGGUCUCAGCAAGACCCAUAACAGAUGCUGGGCAGAAUUUGCCUACAACAAAAUCUCAAACCAAUGGGACAUCUGCUCCCUAUUCAACAAGGACCAAGAUUUGCUUCACGACAACACACAAUUUGACCAACCAUUGCAGGAAAAUUUUGCAAUCUGUUGUGGACUGCUCUGCAGCAUGCAGGAUGAAAUACAGUCUGCAAGUGACUUCAUACACAUCAAAGACCCUCAGAUUGUUGAUACCUACACCAUUUGUAAAUAUAUCAUGGAGGCCAAUCUCCCGCUGGAACACCACAGCAAUGAAUUUGCUAUCCGGUACUUUAUAUCCUCUUUUGCACUCGAGGUUCAACCACCUUCAAUCCUAUGGGAUUUACAUCCCAAGCACGCUCAGCAGCUCCUAACCCACAACUUAUAUUUCAAGGUUGAGCAGUGCAUUAGGGAGCAAUGGAGGCCAUCCUUAGAGGAUGUGAUACUCUGCUUAUUCGAGCGCAGUAUACCAUUCAAACUGCUGUUCCAUGUCGCCUACCCUUCCAUUCCCCAUCCCAUAUCUGUCUUUGAAUCCAACUGCUGUCCUUAUGGUUGGAUGGCCAAUGAGUACAAAUAUGCAGACUAUGAACUUUGCCAAAAUUGUUUAUUGAGAUUGCUGCAUGUAAGAGUUGCAGUUGCCCAAGCUGGAGGAAUUCUCUGGCAUCUCUGCAAACAGGAGCUUGUGAAUGAGAUACCCAACAGACCUUCACCCGAUGUCCUUUAUUUUGUAGAUGCAUCACCAACUUCAUCCCACACAUAUCUCUAUGACACGCUAAACACACUCAAACCACCACAUUGGUGUGGUGGCCCAAUCCUCAGCUAUGGGUUCAUCUGGGCUGGAUACAGGAUGUUGGACCCUUUCCUGCGAACAAAUGUUCCAAUGCAGGCUGGAGAAAAUACGUGCGGGAUCUGUGUUCUUGCUCACCACCAAGAAGUGGAAGUUCAACCUCAAAUAUUACAAGAAUCAGAGCAAGAAAAUCUUCAGCCAUAUUGA